GAAAUUGUGAGACUUGCACGCGGAGUGGGUCCACCAAAGUCCGCUGUUGCGAGUCCCCGCACUUUGUGACUAAUGGAGAGCGUAAAGUUCUUUCCUCUCUCCUGUAGCAGUUUGUUCUCUGGUGGCGACUGUGCUCAGCGGCGAGUUGGAGAGUAGAAAAAGGGCAGGAUAAUCAGCGUUUGAGGGUCAGAGAACAAAAGAAAACGCAGUUAAUUCUAGAAGGUUUUCUGUCCGCACGUGACCUAGGUGCCUCUGUCCUGAAGACCUAUGGAGCCUGCUACUUCCCUGCAUUCUUGCCCGUUAGCCUCCCUUCUCUUCUUCUUGGCCCUCAGCCUGUUUAUGCUGGUCUCAGCCCAGUUUACUGUCAUAGGACCAGCUGAGCCCAUCCUGGCCAUGGUAGGAGAGAAUACCACACUACACUGUCACCUGUCACCAGAGAGAAAUGCAGAAGGCAUGGAGGUACGAUGGUUCCGGUGGCGUUUCUCCCCUGCAGUGCUGGUGUACAGAGGCCAUCAAGAGAGACCAGAGGAGCAGAUGGUGGCAUACCAAGGAAGAACCACCUUCACGAGCACAGACAUCAGCAAGGGAAGAGUUGCGCUCAUUAUCCACAAUGUCACAGCCUACGACAACGGCAUCUACUGUUGUUACUUCCAGGAAGGCAGGUCCUAUGACCAGGCAAUCAUGAGGCUCAUGGUGGCAAGCCUUGGCUCGGAGCCGCUUAUUAAAAUGAAGACUCUUGAGGAUGGGAGCAUCCUGCUAGAGUGCACAUCUGAAGGGUGGUACCCAGAGCCCCGAGCUGUGUGGAGAGACCCCUACGAUGAAGUUGUACCUGCUCUGGAGGAAGAGUAUACAGCUGGCAGAGAGGGCCUCUUCACAGUCACCAUGACUAUCAUCAUCAGGGACUGCUCUGUGAGGAACAUGACCUGCUCCGUCAACAACACUCUGCUCAGCCAGGAGAUGGAAAGUGUGAUUCUCAUUCCAGAAUCCUUUGUGCCCAGCCUUCCUCUGUGGAUGGUGGCCAUGGCUGUCACUCUGCCUGUAGUAAUGCUGAUCGUCCUCACAUCUGGAAGCAUCUGCCUUGUUAAGAAACACCACAGGAAGAAAUUGAUUCUGUCAGCUGAAAAAGAAGCCGAAUAUGAAGAGAAGGAGACUGCACGGCAACUUCAAGAGGAACUGCGAUGGAGACGAACCCUCUUACAUGCCGCGGACGUAGUCCUGGACCCAGACACAGCUCAUCCUGAGCUCUUCCUGUCAGAUGACCAGAGAAGUGUAAUCCGUGGCCCUUCGAGGCAGAGUGUGCCUGACAACCCUGAGAGAUUUGACUGCCGCCCGUGUGUCCUGGGCAGGGAGAGCUUCUCCUCAGGGAAGCAUUUCUGGGAGGUAGAGGUGGAAAAUGUAAUGGUGUGGGCCAUUGGUGUUUGUAGAGACAGUGUUGAAAGGAAAGGGGAGGCCCUGUUGGUUCCUCAGAAUGGCUUCUGGACCCUGGAGAUGUUUGGAAGCCAGUAUCGAGCCCUGUCCUCCCCAGAAAAGAUCAUACCUCUGAAAGAGCGUCUUCACCGUGUGGCUGUGUUCCUGGACUGUGAAGGUGGAGAUAUUUCUUUCUACAACAUGAGAGACAGAUCACACAUCUACACAUGUCCUCCUGUGACCUUCACUGGGCCCCUGAGACCCUUCUUUAGGCUUGGUUCUGAUGACAGUCCCCUGUUCAUCUGUCCGGCAUUCACCGGAGCACAGGGAGUUACAAUACCCGAGGGUGGCUUAUUCCUAUAUAGGACAAGACCAGUUUCUCAGAACCUUAUAAGGAAGCCAUAGCUCUCAUCACAGUACCAUCUGGUGGAGACCAGACCCUGUGUCCUUCAGGUCACGUGGAGCACCUUCCAGCUGCCGCCUUCACAUAUGCUUCAGGCCCAGGCCACAGAUCACUGCAUCAUUUCUUCUAACCAUGGGCCUAGGUAGACCCAGUCUUAGGGGACUAUAGCUGUGAUACAGCUCUCCCCUGAGAAGAAAGUGUGAGAAGGGCUGAAAACGUGGGAGAGUCAACAUGAUGUGCUGGUCACAGUGGACGUUAGGCAAGAGCAAUAGGGUGCAUCAGGGUGUAAGAGGAGAGAACUGCAGAGGAAGGAGACCGAUAAAGACAAAUGGGAGGCCAAAGGAGGAGGAUAUGGACUGGAGAGCUCCAGGGUAGGCGCUAUAUGACAGCCGUGGGUAGGUGGGAGCUGAUGGUCCACUGAUAUCCAAAACCAAACGUUUAAAUAUCACAGAAUAUGGCUGGAGUGUAUCUGUAGACCUACACAGGAGAGGAAAUGAUCAUAGUGUAAGCUGGCUCAGAUGUCCCUACAGUAAACACUCACUUCUGAGUUCCGUGUCUGUGCUCAGGAAGAAUGGCUUGAGGCUUGAGGUCCACGCUGAGCAGCCAGGUCCCUAUGACUCAGAUUUACUUGAGGUAGCAGCAGUUCAAGUUCCUUAGGCUCGGGAUGUCUUUCCCCAAAGCUCUUCCCCCUUCAAGAUAGGGUCUCACGAUGCAGACCAGGCCAGCCUCCACCUCCAGAGCGCACAGCCGGCUUAUGAGCUUAGGAUACAGAAAGACUAAGCUCCUGUGUUCUCGGGUGAACUCCUGUUGAGAUUUGUUUGGUCCUUCUCUUGAGUCACGCUCUCACUGUGCAGCACGGUUCUUGACUUCCUCUCCCCAUCUUUUGGUUAUUGUUGAUUUUUUUUUCAAGACAGGGUUCCACUGUGUAUUUCUGGCUGUCCUGGAACUCACUACGUGCAGUAAGCUGAUCUUGAACUCACAGAGAUCUGCCUCUGCCUCCUGAGUGCUGGGAUUAAAGGUGUGUUUCACUACGCCUGGCUUCACUCUAUCUCUUCAGUGUGGGAGUUAUAGGCUUAUACUGUCAGGCCUAACUAAUGUCUGUUGCUGCUUAUGACAUGUAUGUAUUAACAGAACAGAAAAAUAACUACAUGUAUGUACUGAUAGAUAUUAAACCAAUAAUAA